GUUGUAAUUAAGUGCAGGGCCCAACAAGAAAUUCUACGUUCCUAUAGAAACAGCACGUACCCAAUGGAAGUUGCAUGUACCCAAUGGAAUUGCACAUGCCACAACACAAAGAUAAAACUGAUAUAGAUAUUUAGCAAAAUCACGUUGGAAUUUCUUUGUUUGAAAAUUUUACGUAAGAAAAUAGCUCAACAAUUCAUAUUCAGGUUCAUGGUAAACACGUGAUUUUGAACAUAACCUCACUUAACCUUAAAUUCAAAUAUAAAUCAUGGGGCGCCAUAAAAAGGGUCGUUGUGUAAAAAGGAAUAAACAACUUAAUCUAGAAGAAAGUCCAAAUGUAGUUAAUGCACCUCAUUCAUUUGUUGUUCACCGUGGAUUACUUGGUGAACAUAUUGUUGAACUUACUAAAGACUUUCGAAAAAUAAUGGAACCAUAUACUGCAGUGUCCUUAAAAGAAAGGAAGAAAAAUACACUUAAAGAUUUUGUAUCUGUAGCUAGUAUUCUCCAUGUUACACAUAUGUGUAUGUUUACAAGAACGGAACAAGGAAUGUAUUUUAAACUUUGCAGGUUACCAAGGGGACCAACCCUUACUUUUAAAAUACAUAGUUUCUCCUUAGCAAGAGAUGUAAUAUCUACAUUAAAAAAGCAAAUGGUAUAUGAUGAAUUAUUUAAGAAUUCACCAUUAGUAGUAUUAAAUAAUUUUAGUGGAGAAGGCAUGCAAUUAAAGCUUAUUGCUUCUAUGUUUCAAAAUAUGUUUCCUACAAUAAAUUUGACUUCUGUUAACCUGAGUACUAUUCGUCGAUGUUUAUGUUUAAAUUAUAAUUCAACAACAGAAACAAUUGAUUUACGGCAUUAUGCUAUUAGAGUCGUGCCUGUCGGUUUAUCGAAAGGUGUAAAAAAAUUAGUUCAAGCUAAGGUACCAAAUUUGUCCAAAUGCGAGGAUUUUUCUGACUUUUUGACAAAAGGAACAGUUUCGGAAAGUGAAGCCGAAGAUGAUCCUGCGAGUCACGUUACAUUACCACAGAAGUUAUCAUCGCGUGGUAAUCAUGUAAACAGUCAAAGUGCAAUUAGACUUUCUGAAAUAGGUCCUAGAUUAACAUUAGAGUUAAUAAAAGUUGAAGAUGGAUUGUUGGAUGGUGAAGUACUUUAUCAUAAGUACGUUCAGAAAUCAGAGGAAGAAAAGUUGUUAAUAAUGAAGAAACGGGAAGAAAAGAAGAAGUUGAAGGAAAAGCGGAAAAAGGUACAAGAAGAAAAUAAGAAGAAAAAGGAACUUCAGAAACAAGAACACAAGGAAAAAUCUUUGAAAGGAAUGGAAAAGAAGAAGAAAGAAAGCGAAUUGUUAAUGCAAAAAAUUGCGAAAGAAUCUGUCGAAGAAACUAAAAUAGAAGAAGAUGACGAUGCGCAAUAUUAUCGCGAAGAAGUAGGCGAAGAACCCGAUGAAGAUCUCUUCGAAAAAAAGGUUGGUGAAAAAAGACCUAAAAAGUUUAUACCCAAGUACAAGGUAAAGAAACAAAAAUUACAACAAUCCUGAAAUAUCUGUUGUCAUUAUUUAUUCGUUAUAUGUUUAAGUCAAUAAUACCAUAGAAAAAUAAUUUUUCGAAUCACAGAUUUAAUUUUAAAACAGACAUCAGUGUGAAUUCGACGUUAUUUACAUUUUUUGAUACCUGUAAUUAUUGUUUUUAAAAAUAUAGAUUAAU